CGUGGUUUCAACAUGUGGGAAGGGAACACUUGAUCUCAUACAGUCCUGCACCUGCAUUAAGUGGGAUUUCUCCCUCGCCUGCUGAACAGAAACAGGAUUGCAAAGCUAAAUGAUCAGGUUUUGCGCUCCUGCGGAUCUGUUUGCGGUACCUGAGGACACUUGGAAACUAAUUAGAUUUUUUCCUCUUGCUUUACAGUAAUCCGAUCAGUACUUCCCGUUUGUAACCUACUGAGUUGGUGUAACCUGGAAUACAGCAUAUUUUCCAGUCCCCAUGAAAGAUGACUCAUAUCUAGAAUGGCACAAGUCGCAGCUUUGCUUACUUACCUCAAGUCAAUUACGCGUAUUCAGACAUUCAGCGUUAUGGUUCUUUUCUUCUCUUUAAUUUUAAUCGUUUUCUACAUGACUGUCCAGGUGGAGACCACCCACAGUUUACGGAGUGUAAGAACACAAUUUCCCCAACAGAAGGGCAUUACCAGGCAUGUUCAUUUACACAAUGUUUCAGCUGGCUUCAGACAGACCAUUCCUAAAAGCAGAGCUUACUGGAACCGUUUACUGUACUCAGCCCUGAUGAAUCUGGACAAGGGAGGAAACCCAUUCAAUCAAAACUCUAACUGGUCUAACUGCAGGCUGACAAAUCAAGAGUUUCUGCAAAUCAACGUGCAUGACUUCAGCUCCUACCCUGUCCAAUUUUGGGAUUUUCUGGAGGGGAUGAACUGCAGGACUGCCCCAAUUCUGAUUGAUCAGCCCAACAAAUGUGCUUUCAGUAAAAGGAAGACGGAGAGCCACACCUUGUUGCUUUUUGCCAUCAAGUCAUCUCCCAGAAACUUUGAGCGGAGGCAGGCAGUGCGAGAGACGUGGGGCCGAGAGAUGACGUAUCCAAAUGGACUCGAAGUGCGUAUGGUGUUCCUUCUGGGGAGCUCCCCACCACAAGAUCCUGACCUGACCCCACUGCUGUCAUUUGAAGCAAAACUCUAUGGGGAUAUCCUGCAGUGGGACUUCCAUGAAACAUUUCUAAACCUGACGCUCAAAAUGAACAUGUUGCUCGACUGGACAUUGAAAAGCUGUCCUCAUGUCUCCUUUGUCUUUAGUGGGGAUGAUGAUGUAUUUGUCAACACCCCAGCACUGGUCAGGUACAUCGAGUCUCUCGAGGCUUCUAAAGUAUCUAGUUUGUAUGCUGGUCAUGUUAUAAGUGCUGGAAGUCCCCUCAGGGACUCAAAUAGCAAAUACUACAUCCCUAUGAGCUUCUACGAUGGCCCAUACCCUCCUUAUGCUGGUGGAGGUGGCUAUCUUAUCUCUGGAGCUUUGCUGGAAUCCCUCUAUUCACUUUUACACAUCAUUCCUUUCUUCCCCAUUGAUGAUGCCUAUGUUGGGAUGUGUUUCAUGGCUUUAGGGAUUUCUCCUGAGGCACACUCAGGAUUUCAGACAUUUGAUAUCAGAGCAGAAGAUCGUGAGGAUCUCUGUGCAUAUAAAAACCUUAUUCUGGUUCACCAGAGGUCCCCACAGGAGUUAAAAAAGUUGUGGAAGGGGAUUAACAGCUCCCUGUUGGCUUGUUGAACGGGACUGGUUAUGAAGAUGGCAAAUAGUGACUGCACUUGCAUAUUAAAGAUUUGUUUCUCCACUAAUGUACUAUUCAUGGUUUUGCAGAGUUGAUUUUCUAUAGACCAUCUUGCCAGCAAAAAAAGAAAUGUAUUGUGAACAAAAUUAAGUUGCCGUAAAGCAGCUUGAUUUUGUUACCAGACU